UUUGUUGGUCGGUGGAUGGGGGCCAGCGGCCGACACGCACGUGGCUGGGAAGGACAGGUAAGCAGCGCGAUGGCCGAGAAUCCAUCGGAGAGUCCAUCCGGGGGCAUCACCCCCCUGCAGCAGAUGCUGGCAUCUGGGACUGGGGCCCUCUUUACAUCGCUCUUUGUAACCCCUCUGGAUGUGGUGAAGAUCCGACUGCAGGCGCAGAGGACACCGUUCUCCAAAGUGUUGUCAGUACAGUCUAUGCCCUGGAGUAUUCACCAGCCCAAAUGGAAAUGCUUCCUUUACUGCAACGGCCUCAUGGAUCACCUGUAUGUGUGCCAGAAUGGGAACAGCUGUGCGGCCUGGUACAAGACCCCCACCCGUUUCACAGGAACUUUGGAUGCUUUUGUGAAGAUCAUACGCUACGAGGGCAUCCGGUCCUUAUGGAGUGGCUUGCCACCCACUCUUGUGAUGGCCGUCCCCGCCACGGUGAUCUACUUCACUAGUUAUGAUCAACUGCGUGACCUCUUGCGUGCCAAGAUGGACAGCCAGGGGCGCUACAUCCCCCUAGUGGCUGGAGCUAUCGCUAGGCUGGGUGCUGUAACUGUGAUCAGCCCAUUGGAACUCAUCCGGACGAAAAUGCAGUCCCGACAGCUGAGCUACCCAGAGCUGCGCGUAUGCAUUCAAUCUGCCGUGGCCCAGGAUGGCUGGCUUUCUCUCUGGAGGGGCUGGGGGCCCACUGUGUUGCGGGAUGUCCCCUUCUCUGCUCUGUACUGGUACAACUAUGAGCUGGUGAAAGACUGGCUUUGCAACCGAUUCCAUCUCAAGGAACCCACCUUCAUGGUCAGCUUUGCAGCCGGUGGCAUUUCUGGCAUGGUGGCCGCUGUCCUGACACUGCCCUUUGACGUGGUCAAAACCCAGCGGCAGAUCGAGCUGGGAAACAUGGAGACGCUCCAAGUUACAGCUUCCAAAUCCUCCACCUGGCUGCUUAUGAGAAGGAUUCGGGCAGAAUCUGGCACCCGCGGACUCUUUGCAGGUUUCCUGCCGCGUGUCAUCAAGGUGGCCCCGGCCUGUGCCAUCAUGAUCAGCACAUACGAAUUUGGCAAGACCUUUUUCCAGAAGAUGAACCAGGAACAGCAGCUCAGCAGCUUGUGAGCUCCAGGAUGAAAAACUUCCAAUGGCAUC